CUCAAAGUCACGACCAUGUGCGCUACAAUCGACCGCUAUCAAACUGUUUCCUUUUCCGGGCCCAUAAUGACCGAUGAUCAUGGCGUCGUACGCGACAAAUGACGACCGCCAAGACUAGCGUUCUGAGAGCGGAUCGGCUGCAAUGGCGUCAAAGAAACAUUUUGCAUGUUCCCCACGACUCCAGGGGACCGCCACCGCCUUUUUUCCUUCCCCCUAGUAAAUGCUUGAUCCAUCGUUCGUAGUUACUCGUAAUGUGUUAAAUGUCCUUGCAAGGGGCCCCGUCCCUACAUGCCCGCGCCGAUCAGACUCGGAAGCUAAAUAGGUAGCCUCGUUCCGCCAUAAUUAUAUGGUCGGUUUCCUGAGAGCUUGUAUCUACAUUCCCCUUCAAACAACCUCCACCAGCUGUUUCCGCUAUGGCUGACGAGGAGCCCAUAUCAGGAGGCCCGACACAGCGCCAUGGCUCCUCCAUCGUGCACAGCGCGUCCCCCCCUCACCAAUCGAAGAACGAGCAUCCCGACGUGAUAUCGGUCGGUGGCGGCGUUCCGGGGUCCCGUCGCGCAGACGACGACUAUGACCACCGACAUAAUGGCGGCGGGAACCUCAGUCGCCAGACGACUCGCACGUCGAGACGGUCGGCGAGGAAGGAUCCUUGGUGGAAGAUCAGACUGUUCAGUGGGAUGGUCAACGAUGUGCGGCGGAGGGCGCCGUACUACUGGAGCGAUUGGACGGAUGCUUGGGAUUAUAGAGUCGUGCCCGCGACUGUGUAUAUGUAUUUUGCGAAUAUCUUGCCUGCGUUGGCUUUCUCGUUGGAUAUGUUCGCGAAGACUGAUGAGACGUUCGGGGUCAAUGAAGUGCUGCUGGCUUCGGUCCUUGCGUCCGUUGUCUUUUCGCUUUUCGCGGCCCAGCCUUUGGUCAUUGUUGGCGUAACUGGCCCCAUCACUGUGUUCAACUACACUGUGUACGACAUCAUCUCACCAAGAGGGACAAACUACUUGGCCUUCAUGACCUGGAUCGGUCUCUGGGCGAUGGUCUUUCAUUGGAUUCUUGCCAUAACCAAUUCAUGCAACGCGUUGAAGUAUGUCACUCGAUUCUCAUGCGACAUCUUCGGAUUCUACGUCGCCUUCAUCUACCUCCAAAAAGGCAUCCAGGUCCUCACUCGCCAAUGGGAAAUCGACGACGCCUCCGCCUACCUCUCCAUCACGGUAUCCCUCCUCUUCCUCAUGACCUCCUACCUCUGCGGCGUGAUCGGACAAUCCCGCCUCUUCCAACGCCACGUCCGCAAAUUCAUCGAAGACUACGGGACACCCCUCUCCGUCCUCUUCUUCACCGGCUUCAUCCACAUCGGCAAGAUGCGGUCCACCGAAGUCCUCACCCUCCCAACCACCAAAGCCUUCUUUCCGACCCUCCCGCGCUCCUGGCUCGUCCACUUCUGGGACAUCUCCGUCGCCGACGUCUUCCUCGCGAUCCCCUUCGCCAUCCUCCUCACCAUCCUCUUCUGGUUCGACCACAACGUCUCCUCCCUCAUCGCCCAAGGCACCGAGUUCCCCCUCAAGAAACCCGCCGGCUUCCACUGGGACAUCUUCCUCCUGGGCAUCACGACCGGCGUCUCCGGGCUCCUCGGGAUCCCCUUCCCGAACGGCCUGAUCCCCCAAGCCCCCUUCCACACCACCUCCCUCUGCGUCACCACCCUCACGCCCUCCCCCACCCCAAAUUCCCCUCCAACCCGAAAAACCACCCACGUAGUCGAACAACGCGCCUCCAACCUCCUCCAAGGUCUCCUAACCCUAAUAACCAUGACCCCCCCGCUCCUCACCGUCCUACACCUAAUCCCCCAAUCCGUCCUCGCAGGCCUCUUCUUCAGCAUGGGCAUCCAAGCCCUCGCCUCCAACGGCAUAACCCUCAAACUCCUCUUCCUCUUCUCCUCCCGGUCGCUCGUCCCUUCAUCCCACCCUUUACUCCGGAUCCGGAGAAGGAAGGCGAUUUGGGCGUUCGUGGGACUGGAGCUCGUGGGGUUCGGCGCGACGUUUGCGAUUACGCAGACUGUGGCGGCGAUUGGGUUUCCCGUGUUUAUCUUUUUGUAUAUUCCGAUGAGGGUGUGGGGGUUGGGGUGGUGGUUUGAGGAGGGGGAGUUGGGGCUGUUGGAUCAGGCGACGGCGAGUCGGUUUACGAUGGAGAGUGUGGGGGGGAACCAUGGGGAGGUGGAGGAGGAUGAGGAGGAGGGGGAUCAGGAGGAAGGGGUUGGGAGGGCGGAAGUAGGAGUGGAAGAGAGGAGGAGGGGUGAGAAAGCGGAGGUGUAG